UUUACACCGAAAAUCCCCCGUAAAUUUACUCCUCCUGCCUUCUAAAUCGAUCGAGAUUAUCUGACUUUACUUCCUCUCUCAUAUAUAGGCUAAUACAUAGAUCCCAUAAUCAUCGGGUCCACGUGUUAAUCAUCCCAUCGGAGAAAAAUUAAGUCGAGAGGAGCUUCUUCUCCCAGUGAGGGCGAGACCAUAAACAUCAAGCCAAACCCCUCGCGCUCUCUCUGGCUUUGCCUGUCCCUCUCUCGCUCUUCCACUCUUGAUGGACACCAAGGACGCAGCCUCCAAGCUCCACUCUCCCACCACUCCCCUCCUCGCCGCCCACCAUGGCCGACACGGCCACCACGCGCCGGCGGAGGCGGCGCCGCCGCCGCCGCGGCGCGGGGCGCUGCUGCUGGCGGCGAAUUACGCGGCGUUGUUCGUCGGGUCGCUGUCGGCCAGCCUGCUGUCGCGGUUCUACUUCGCGCACGGCGGCGCCGACCGGUGGCUGGCGACGCUCGUGCAGUCUGCGGGGUUCCCGGCGCUGCUGCUGCUGCUGGUGUGCGCGCGGCCGCGGCGGCGGCGGCCGUUCGGCGGGUUCACGCCGCGGCUGGUGGCGUGCUGCGUGCUUCUCGGGCUGGUGAUGGGCCUGAACAACCUGCUCUACUCGUGCGGCACGUCGUACCUGCCGGUGUCCACCACCGCGCUGCUGCUCUCCAUGCAGCUCGCCUUCACGCUUGCGCUCGCCGCGGCGCUCGUGCGCGUGCCGCUCUCCUUCGCCAACCUCAACGCCGUCGUGCUCCUCACGCUCUCGUCCCUGCUCCUCGCACUCCGGCAAGGGCACGGCGCGGGCGGCUCCGCCGACGCUGACGCCGCCGCCACCAGCCCGGACUACCUCGUCGGCGUCGCUGCGACCCUCGGAGCCGCUCUGCUCUUCGCGCUCUACCUCCCGGCGGCCGAGCUCGUGUACCGGCACGGCGGGGUGACGGGCUUCGGCAUGGUGGUGGAGGCGCAGGUGAUCAUGGAGGCGGUCGCGACGGCCGUCGGCGCGGCCGGCAUGGCGUCGUCGUCGGCCGGCGGCGGCGGCAGCCUCUGGCCAUGGGACGGCGUGGAGGCCUCGUGGGAUCUCUCGCCGGCGGCCUACUACGCGGUGGUCGGGGCGGCCGUGCUGAGCUGGCAGCUCUGCUUCCUCGGCACGGCUGGCACGGUGUUCCUCACGACGUCCCUGCACGGCGGCAUCUGCAUGACGGCGCUGCUGGCCGUGAACGUCGCCGGCGGCGUGGUCGUGUUCGGCGACGAGUUCGGGCCGGAGAAGGCGGUGGCGAUGCUGCUCUGCCUCUGGGCCUUCUCGUCCUACGUCUACGGCGAGUACAAGAAAGGGGACAAGGCCGCCAUGGGAGACGAGGACGACCAAGGGGUUCUGGAUCGUGUCUAAAUUCUGCUUUUUUCUUUUAGAUUAAAAAAAAGACAACAAAAUGAAAGCACUUUUAAUACCUUUUUUUUUCCUCCUCUUUCACGUGUAUAACCACCCUGCACAUAAUGUGAAAAGUUACUAGCUUUUAAUGA